AGAGAGAGAGAGAGAGAGAGAGAGAUCACUACUCUCUUCGGGAAAGCAGGACUGUAGUAGCACGCAUAGGCGGUGCGCUUUAAAGUGGGAAGUUUCGAAAAGGAUUCUGUAUAUAUCAGCACCUCCAUGUCGGCUCUGCUGGAUAUUUACACACCGAUGCUAUGGUUACCUUUAUUACGAUCUUACAGGUGAAUCUAGUGAUGUCCAUGUUGCUGUAUGUGUUGUUCCUAGCGUACCUCUACGGUAUCCAGGCAACGCACAUGGAGCGCCAGCAGCCCCCGCCCACCCAGGACCCCAUCAACUCCCUCAUCAUCCAGCUGCUGCAGGCGGACCUGACCCGCGGCCGGGGGAGGCAGGGUGAGGGCCAGGACAGGCAGGCCCGGGACACAUUGCCACCGUUGGGCCUGCUCGCCAUUGACACCCCUCUGGACGACAGUAGAUUCCUGGAGAGGCGCAGCUCGCUGUACCAGCCCAGGUCGUCUGACCUGCUGGAGCAGCAGAAACACUACAACUCUCCCCGGGUCCUGCUGAGUGAGCGGGCUCCCCUGCAGCCUCCUCCGCUCUACUCUAUAGAUGACUAUGUGGGCAGCUCUGACAGAACCAACAAGACCCGCAGGAAGAGAUACGCAGAACACAAGAGUUACCGCGGGGAGUACUCUGUCUGUGACAGCCAAUCACAGUGGGUGACAGACAAGACGAAUGCGGUGGACAUCAGGGGUCGUCAGGUCACCGUCCUGGAUCAGAUAAAGAUGGGAACCGCCGAAAGCAACUUUGUUAAGCAGUACUUCUAUGAGACCAAGUGUCGGACUGCCAAACCUUUUAAGAGCGGCUGUCGUGGCAUCGAUGACAAACACUGGAACUCGCAGUGUAAGACCUCUCAGACGUACGUCAGAGCUCUGACGCAGGACCGGACCUCUGUGGGCUGGCGCUGGAUACGGAUAGACACUUCCUGUGUCUGUGCGUUGUCACGGAAACACCGCAGGACGUAAACACACAACUCGACCAUAGACAUUAUGGAAUAUAUUUCCUUAUUAUGAAGGGGGGGCUGUACAUAUAAAUUAUUAUUUAAGUUAUGUGAAAUACAUGUAGUUUCUACAUGGCUAUAUAUGAUAUAUAAAUAUAUUUGUUAUUUAUUGAAGUCAUCAUCAAAGGAAAAAAAAUAAAAAUAAAUAAACCAAGAACUCCUAACAUGCGGCUCCACAGCCACCACACAGCCUAGCAUCUUCAGACUCAGACCAUGGAGCUGGACAGUACAGCCUAGCAUGGAGAGACUCUACCAUGGGGCUGGACAGUACAGCCUAGCAUGGAGAGACUUUACCAUUGGGCUGGACAGUACAGCCUAGCAUGGAGAGAAUCUACAAUGGGGCUGGACAGUACAGCCUAGCAUGGAGAGACUUUACCAUUGGGCUGGACAGUACAGCCUAGCAUGGAGAGACUCUACCAUUGGGCUGGACAGUACAGCCUAGCAUGGAGAGACUCUACCAUUGGGCUGGACAGUACGGCCUUGUAUGGAGACAAUCUACCAUUGGGCUGGACAGUACGGCCUUGUAUGGAGAGACUCUAUCAUUGGGCUGGACAGUACAGCCUAUUGUGGAGAGACUCUACCAUUGGGCUGGACAGUACAUUCUAGCAUGGAGAGACUCUACCAUUGGGCUGGACAGUACAGCCUUGCAUGGAGAGACUCUACCAUUGGGCAGGACAGUACAGCCUAGCAUGGAGAGACUCUACCAUUGGGCUGGACAGUACAGCCUAGUAUGAAGAGACGACGUGCCUUGUUGAUAUACCUAGGGCAGCAGAUGAAAAAGAAGAUAUGACAUCACCAGGUGUGGAGUAGGGGAUCUACACUGUCAUUCAGCUCAUUCUAUGACAUCACUGCUCUGACUGUUGAAAACAGAAAUCUGGUCCAAAUGUUAUUGUGGACUAAAUAUGUACUGUCUGGAUGUAUGGACAAACCACGAACAUGUACGGGUAUACGGCAGACGUGCUGACAGAUGACAGACGUGCUGACAGACGUGCUGACAGACGACAGACGUGCUGACAGACGUGCUGACAGACGACAGACGUGCUGACAGACGUGCUGACAUACGACAGACGAUCUGACAUACAACAGACGUGCUGACAGACGUGCUGACAGACGACAGACGUGCUGACAGACGACAGACGUGCUGACAGACGUGCUGACAUACGACAGACGAUCUGACAUACAACAGACGUGCUGACAGACGUGCUGACAGACGACAGACGUGCUGACAGACGUGCUGACAUACGACAGACGAUCUGACAUACAACAGACGUGCUGACAGACGUGCUGACAGACGUGCUGACAGACGUGCUGACAGACGACAGACGUGCUGACAUACAACAGACGUGCUGACAUACAACAGACGUGCUGACAGACGUGCUGACAUACAACAGACGUGCUGACAGACGACAGACGCGCUGACAUACAACAGACGUGCUGACAUACAACAGACCAGACAUGUUUGGGUUUUCCAUGAUGUAGUAACUAUAGGUUUUGCUGUAUCAUCCAGGCUCAAUACAUGAGGUCUGAUAUGGUACUUUGGUACCAGGCCUCUGGCCUGGAAGAGCUGUGGCUGUAGGGAGGCUGGGCAGUAUGUAUAGAGCACAUGGAGCAGGUCUGUCUGGCCUCAUUAGGUCAUGUUCCACUAAUGUUAUCAGGACCAAAGCCUCUCAGCCCCCUCCUCUUCCUGUUAAUCUGGUCCUGUCUGACCAUCUCCAACCUCUAACCCGAAACCCAACGUCUAAUCCUAAAGCCACCUCCACUCUCUAAGCCUAAAGCCACCUCCACUCUCUAAGCCUAAAGCCACCUCCACUCUCUAAGCCUAAAGCCACCUCCACUCUCUAAGCCUAAAGCCACCUCCACUCUCUAAGUCUAAAGCCAACUUCUAACCUUGGUGAAUGCUCACCUCUAUGUUUGGUGAUACCCCGCCCUGAGAACAGUGGAACAGUAUGAUAGACCCUAAUAGAACCUGGUAGAACCUCAGAACCUGUUAGAACCUGGUAGAAUCUAGUAGAACCCGAGUGAACCCAGUAGAACCUGAUAGAACUCUGUGAUGUUGAGGGCAAGCAGCAGGUAGGUUGAAGUGUUGAGGCAGGUUAGCAGGUAGGUAGCAGGUAUCAGGCUCACAUCAGACUGUGCCAUAGCUAAUGACAUGGUGUCUUAGGGAGUGGAAAGCUGCCUAAGGACAUGUUCAUAUGUACAGAGCUAGGAUUGAAACCCCUAAGCUAGCCUGUAAGAUGCUUUACGACAGGCCAAUCCCAGCUUCAGAUCACUCUCUGUCGGGUGGGCUUUUACCUAAAUCAUACAUUGAUGUCAUUUGGAAGUCUGGAGGACAGAGUUGUGUGUUGCAUAAGACCUCAGACUUCCUGUCGGGUACGAGGUCAGACAGCAAUGCCAGAGAGCUAUUCAUAAGACUUCUAGGUCAGAGGUUAGAGUUUAGAGGUCAGUUGGUUCAGGCUCAGACACUAAAUCUGACACCUGUCUAUCAAACUAACCCUACCAAACAAACAACCCAGACCCCUAACCCUACUCCACUAACCCUACCUAACCCUGACCCCUAACCCUACCUCAGUAACCAUACCUAACCCUGACCC